UAGUGCAUAUAUAUAUAUGAAAGAUUAAUAUCAUAAAAAUUAAAUGUAUAAUUUGUUUGGUAGAAUACAUAUUGAAUAUUUUUUUAAAUUAACUUGUUUGCGGCAUAUUUUUGUUUAAGUAAUUUUGUAUAUAACGUCUUUUGGAACUUAUAUCAAGGUCAUACAAUAUACACAAUUAUUACUUUGAAAAAGUAUUUGUCAUAUAUACUUGCUCAUACGUCAAGUUUUCUCUAUCGCGCGGGAGUUCCCCCCGGUUGUGAUAAAGUGCUUCCUUUGUUUGAUACAUUGUGUAGAUUUAUUAGUAUACUUGAAUUAAAAAUUUAUAGUGCCGUAGAAAUAAUAAAUAAUGUCGUUUAAAGUUGUGUCUGAAGAUUCCUCUGAACAAAUGGUUCCAAAAUUAACGAUUAAAUUAAUCGGACAUUAUAGCAUCGACGGUGAUUCAAAAUAUCAUGCCGAUUUAUCGCAACUAAAAUACUAUGUUCCUCCUCCAGAUUUUGAUAAUGUAUCUUUCAAUCUUAAUAAAGAUUCGACUGCUACUCGUUACAAACCUACUUCAUAUAUUAAAUUGGAUGAUAUAUUGACAUGGAUUUCGGAUAAUUUUAAUCUACUUGAGAAACCAUUAUCACAAGAAGGACAAUGGUUGGAUACUGAUUUUAUUUGCCGUCGUGGUGCAUUAAAAACAAUAUUAUGUACUCCAUAUGAAAAAUAUGAAAAUUGGAUAAUUUAUGCUAGCAAAUACAGAGGUACGAUAUAUUUAUGCGAAUUUUAUACACAUGAGAAAGAACAACGACAUGUCAAUGCUAGUACACAAGAAAGGCGACUUUCUUCAUGGGGUUAUAAGUUUGAACAAUAUAUGGUAGCAGAUCAACCAACGCAUAAACCAGAUAUAUCAGUACCUCUUAAUGAAUGUGAAAAAUUCCAUUGUGUAAUUAAAGCAAAUUUUGAUCAUUAUUCAUUAUUAUAUGAAGCAGAAAUAGAUGGUAUUUCCUCAGAACAACCCAUAACAGAUACACUUACUGACAAAACAAUUGAAUUGAUUGAAUUGAAAACAUUUCCAUUAAAAUUUUAUAAUGAAAUCGGCACAGAACAAAACAAGAAAUAUGGUACAAUUCCUAUUAAAAAAGCAAUUACAUGGUGGAGUCAGAAUUAUUUAGCAGGAAUAGAAAGACUUAUAUGUGGAUUAAAAAAUAGAUUUGGGAAAGUGAUAAAGAUAAAGGAACAUUCUACACAGAAUCUGCCAGAACUUUCAAAGCCUCGUUGCAAUAUAAACAGUUGUAAACUUUACCUCAAACUGUUUCUAGACAACCUUAAAAAAAUUGUCAUCAAAGAUUAUAAUGAAUGCAUGUAUAAGUUUUACUAUGAUGCACCUAACAAUGUCGUUAAAUAUAGUGAAGAAGCUUCUAAUGACGAAAUGUAUUUGUUCUUAAAACCAGAGUUUAUUAAAAAAGCAGAAAAUUACAACAAUACUUUUCAAUAAAU